GUGCCAAAUGUCAACCUAUUUCCAAGCCGCCGUUCCAGUCAAACAGAUGAUGGCCGUCCGAAGGGUUAUGGACAAAAACAACAAAACGGCCAGCUUGGACUUGGAAGAAGCUUUGGCUUUGGUUUAGGAGCUAUACCAGGGUUCGAAGUUCUGAGCAGUCAAGGGACAGACAUCGGAAACGGAAACCUACCAUUCCUCAACCAGAUCGGUGGCAUUAUGCUGAAUCAAGGAACUGAAAUAGGCGCAAUGGGACAGAAGACUGGCAGAGGACCAGCACGAUCACUUAAUGCUCUCACCCAUGGAUAUCCUUCAUUCGGUCUUACCGGAGAGCCAAACAAUGGUGACAAGAAACUCAGCCAAGAGGUGCUGAACUCGUUCGGCAUUCCCAAUAUACCCGCUCUCAAUAAAGGUACCUCAUUUGACUGUUGUUCGAACAAAAAAAUACAGGGUUACGAACCGGGCUACGGUGCAGUCAAUCCGAAUGCUCCGCUUGCCAUCGGAAAAGUGAGUUUUCAAUUUCUCGGAAUUCUUUUCACAAUGGCGUACUAUAUCACACGCACGGUCAGGGGUUCGAAUCCUGGAUCGAUGCCCGCCUAA